ACAAUCCUACCAGUCUGUGUCGCGGUGUAUCAUAGAACCAACGUUGUGCGGACCCCGGCAUACUCACCGCGUAUUGGAUCUAACACGCCGAUGAGGUGCGGAUGAGUCGGUGACCGGUGCGUGCGCGUGUUGACAAGAUGGUGCACUCCAGAAGCACCUCGGCCGAGAAGCUGAAGACCCCCGAGGAAGUUCCCUUGCAAGGGGUAGCCUCUGGGGCCGCGGAAGACGAUGGAGUCUGCCUCAAGGCCAAGAUGACCUUGACCAACGGUAUUACUGUGAUCGUCGGUAGCAUCAUCGGCUCCGGUAUCUUCGUCAGCCCCACUGGAGUACUCAAGUACACAGGCUCUGUAAAUGUGUCUCUCAUAGUGUGGACCAUCUCUGGACUCUUCUCCAUGGUUGGGGCCUACUGCUACGCUGAGCUGGGCUGCAUGAUCUCCAAGAGUGGUGCGGACUACGCCUACAUCAUGGAGACGUUCGGACCCUUCAUGGCGUUCAUGAGACUCUGGAUUGAGUGCAUGAUCGUCCGUCCGUGCUCGCUAGCCAUCGUAGCCCUCACCUUCAGCGUCUACAUCCUCAAGCCUUUCUUCCCAGAAUGCAACCCACCGGACGAGAGCGUGAGGAUGUUGGCUGUCUGCUGUAUAAUGGUUCUCACCUUCAUCAAUUGUUGGGAUGUCAAAUGGGCCACCAGGGUGCAGGAUACAUUCACCUACGCCAAACUGUUCGCCCUCUUCGCCAUCAUCGUAGCCGGUGCUUACAUGCUGUUUACAGGUCAUACUCAACAUUUUACUUACGACAACUCAAAAACAGAGGUAACAUCGAUAGCUUUGUCGUUUUACUCGGGACUGUUUGCAUACAACGGAUGGAACUAUUUGAACUUCAUCAUUGAGGAGCUGAAAGAUCCCAUCAAGAACCUGCCCAGAGCCAUCGCUAUCUCCUGUACUCUGGUGACAGUGGUGUACGUCGCCACCAACGUAGCUUUCUACACGACACUGAGCCCUGAGGAGGUGCUGGGUUCGGAGGCCGUAGCUGUGUCCUUCGCUAACCGAGUGUUUGGAUUCAUGGCAUGGACGAUCCCCGUGUUUGUAGCCAUGUCUACUUUUGGUGCUGUCAAUGGAGUCCUCCUUACCUCAUCUAGGUUGUUCUACGCAGGUGCUUGUGAAGGACAGAUGCCGGAAAUUCUUACUAUGAUUCAAAUUUCCCGCCUUACUCCCACCCCAGCCGUACUAGUAAUGGCAGUGCUUUCAAUGAUGUAUCUAACGGUCUCCGACAUCUUUGCUCUUAUCAACUACGUUGGUUUUGCUACUUGGUUAAGUAUCGGAGUGUCCGUUCUGUGUUUGCCAGUCCUGAGAUGGACUCAGCCUAAUCUGGCUCGACCAAUCAAAGUGAACCUCUUCUGGCCUAUCCUGUACAUUGUGUGCAGCUUGUUCGUAACCAUCGUGCCUAUGAUCGCCAGCCCUGUAGAAACUGGUAUUGGUUGUUUAAUGAUUUUCUCGAGCGUACCUGUCUACUUGGUAUUCAUUGCGUGGAAGAAUAAGCCAAUGUUCUUCCAGAAAUUUGUUGCAUCUUCGACCCAUGUGUUACAAAAGCUGUGUGUGGUUGUAAGGCCACAGAAGAAACAGGAGCGCUAACCAGACUUCUACAAAAGUCGAUGAUGGUUGUCGGCAAGCAAGCACCGGCCAAAGUGUAAAAGUCUUCCAGCCCAUCGUUGUCUCCUCCUAGAGAGUAUUAUUUUUCAUAUCAAUACAAUACGUAGGACUUUUCAUUCUCUAUAGAUUUUGUUAAACUUUCAACAUGAUUUGAAUGAUUGUAAUCUAGUUCCUGUAUUGUAUUUGUUUUCGAUGUCAUGAAGUAAUAAUUUUUAAUGAUAUUUCGAGGAUGACAAUAACUAGACUCGUAGGAAGUUGUUGUAGAAUAUAUUCGUAAGGUUGGUAAUGUCUGUUAAAGAAAUACCUCCGAACAUUCCAACAGCAUGAGGCUUUUUGUCAAUGUGAUGCAAAGCGAUGUACAAUAUUGGCUAAUGCUUUGUCGAUUGUUGAUGAAUUUGUUGUGUAUAUAGCAGUGUAACAUUUAUUUCAAAGCAAUGGCUAUAACGUAUUUAAUAAUUGUUUUAUUUUGUUUAAUGUUUACCAACCGAGUUGAAUUUUUUUAUUGUUUUAGUAUUGUAAAAUCUGAAAUGUACAGUUGUUUUAAAAUUGUAUGGUUACCAAUUGAGAUAUUAUGUUUUUUAUUAAAUUUAAGGAUACAUAUUCUACUUCAGAUAGGAAUUUAAACUCUACAAGAGUUUUAAAACUGUCUACCACAAAUAAAUCGGCAUAAAGUUCCAACAUUUAGGAAUGAUAAGAAAAAUUCCUUGCUGGAUCAUUGGUUGAAGUUUUUGGUUACUAAACUUACAUUCUACCAGAAAAUCAGAUGGUGGUUUAAGCGUGGGUUGAAAGAACGUUUCUGUGAUUUAACCUUAGAAAAAGUGCUUAAAUGAAGAACAGGCCUAACUUUUAAUAUUUUCCUUGAAGUAACAAUAUUUUUCAGCAAUGACAAUGCAAAAUAUAAUGUUGAGUGAUACAUAAGCAACAAAUGACAAUAUUUGUGGGAAUCAACUUAGGAAAUAUUGCUUCAGCCAAAACUUUCUGAAUAUUAACUUCUGUAUGGUUUAAUAUUGUAUAAAUCAUAUUGAAAAAGUAAAAAAAGUAAUAAUAAUACAACAUAUAAUAAUAAUAAACUUUCAUCCAAUAUUAUAAAUGUGUGAGAAGUGUUAGGUGGUAUGAACUAUUUUAAAUAAUGGUUUACCCAAACUCUUGCUCGGAUUUCUUUUUAUACAGCAAAACUUGCAAAUGAGAAUUCAAUCCUACACACUUUGAUAUAACAACAUAAAUAAAUAAGCAUCUGGACCCCUACAGUUAGUUCAACAUCAGCUGUUUGGUAGUUAAAGAUUACUUUUGAAUGUAUAAGCAGCUGUUUUUUUUAUUAAAUAUCAAAAUCGUAGGAAACAAGAUUCCUUUUCUAUUGUUGAACAUUAUUGUUGUUUUGUUAUUGUUGCUGUUAUUAGACACACAAACAUAGUUAAUUUGCUAGAUGUAAACAACUAUUCUUAUAAUUAUUGUUAAUCUUAAAACACUGAGGUGUGCCUAUUUGAAACCUAGAGUUAACAUUAAUUAACCAUGGAAUCCCUUAACAAAUUUACUAUUUUUAAAUCAUUUUAUGCUAAACUAAGGGUCGAUUGAACAAGGUAAAAUAUAACAUUAAAUAAAUUAUCGUUGCAUUUAAAACUUUGUAAUUUGCUUAGAAGCUUGAAAGUUUAGUUUACAUUUUUACUAACUAAAAAUUAACUGUAUUUUUUAUCUGCUUCUGCAGGUAAAGACUUUGAGUUUUUAUGUGAUAAGUAGAUGUUAACAUUCCAAAAUGCAAAGAGGACUGCCAUUUUGUGUAAUUUUGAUCUAGAAUAUAUUUUUGAAGAAAAUGUAUAUAAAAAAAUCAACGAGUAAAAUUAGCAGGAAAUAAAUAAGUAGCAAAUCUCAUAGGCUGAUUAGAUUAUGAUAUUUUGUAUAAAACUGCAUAAGUAUAUUUUUAUGAAAAUUGUUCACGAUGAUAGUUGUUUUGGAUCUGGCAGUUGCCUUAAGCAUCCAUAUUCAUGAUGGUGUCAUAGAAAAUAUCAUUAAUACAGUAACUAUAGGCAUAGAACCCAUCAUAGCAUUAACAAAGAGUAUGUAGUUAAUUUUAUUGUAAGACAUAUCCUUAAAAUCGAUAUAAUGAACUGUACUUCAAACAAACAUGAUUAAACCAUUGGUUUUAAGCUCUUUUAUAUGUUUAAGACUUAUAUUGAAUAAAAAAGUCAAGAGCCUAUUUAUGUUAUAUGAUGUUUCAUGACUUUAAAAAAUAGUAGUUAAACCCCAAAGCUGUCAGCUACCAUUUUCAAAUUAGCACAAAAAUUUUGCAUUUGUAAAUAGUUUAAUUCCUAUAAGUGUAAUGUAGUUUUAAGGACCCCAAGCAAUUAGUUGGUUUUGUAUUUUAAAAUUUAAGUACCUUCGGUUUGUAUUUUAUAAAUAUAUUUUUGUAACAUAUCAUAUUUUGUAGCUCAGUUGUAGAGUUAAAAGGGUUAUUUUAUACAUUUCGGGUACGAAUGAGCUUUUACUUUAUGUUCUAUUGUUGAAUUAUAUUUUAUGUUUAUAGUUUUAAGGUUAUGAAUAUGCUUGCCAUAUCUCAUAUUUGUCUUGUUUUAAGUAGGGUUUUAAUUGUUUACAUUCUGUUUAGGUAAAGUAAAAAUAUUUGCUUUAAGCAUCAAUAUUGAUGCUAAAAAAAUUAAUGUUUCAAAAGUCAUUAAACAUAUGAAUGUUAAACCUGAAUGUAAAUAAAACCAAGUAA